AUGGGAUUUAUGAUAAAUUUGUUUGCUGGUUGUUCCUUACCAGUCAUUUCCAAAUCAAAAUACACAUCUUUCCUACAACUGCGAAUUUGUUGCGAAUGUUGUUUAAAUGGCCAUAAAAACGAUGUAAUUUGGUCGAGAAAUUUCAUUACAACUAAAGGUUAUCUGGAAGAUUCCUCUAAUCCUAUAAAAACACGAUCUGAAACUGGAAAUCGAUUGGAGAAACGUCAUAAAUUGAGCAAGAAAGUCAGAAAGACUAUUAUGUCGAUUGAAAGGCUUUACAAACCUAGUACUAAUACAGAAGUUUGUCCAAAACCCGAAAUAACGGAAGAUAUUGAUCUACCACCUGCUGACGAGGCAGACACAGCAAUCUUGGAAUCAGAUGGUAAUUAUGAACAUGUACAAAACUUAGUUAAAAAGAUAUAUAAAUCAGCAACAAGCCAUGUGUAUAACGAUGCGUUGUGGAAAAGAUAUGUGCAACAAUUACAAGUCAUUAUUCCUCUCUUGCGACCCUCGGAUUUGUGUCUGGUCUUGUACUCGUUCGGGAAAAUAAAGUAA